CAGAGCGAAGGGAGGGGAGAAAAUUGAGGAGAGGAAAAAGAAAGGUUCCUUCCUUUGGACCAGUUUGGUGGAUUUUGCCCCGGUCCCUGGCCUGCAGUUGCUGAGCAAUCGAAAUAGUGUCAUUGGGAUCCAUCUGACUUUCGACUUGAAACAAGGGUCAAAUUAUGCAACGAGUGUUUGUGUGAAGCUGUGAGAGAGAGAGCGAGAGAGAGAGAGAGACGCUUUCCUCAAAAUCUUUUCUUGUUUAUUAAGAAAAAUUAUUGAAAAUGAUAUCGCUAACAGACACGCAGAAGUUUGGAGUCGGAUUGACGGGAUUCGGGGUCUUUUUCCUCCUGUUUGGGGUUCUCUUGUAUUUUGACAGAGUGCUGCUUGGGUUUGGGAACAUCUUGUUAGUGGGCGGCCUCCCCUUCAUCAUCGGGCUGCAGAAGACCUUCCGGUUCUUCUUCCAGAAGCAGAAGGUGAAAGGCACCAGCUUCUUCCUGGCCGGGGUUCUCCUGGCGUUGCUUAGAUGGCCUGUCUUGGGCAUGGUCCUCGAAACCUAUGGCCUCUUCACACUCUUCAAGGGCUUCUUCCCAGUAAUAUCCAGAAUCCUGUCCAACCUCCCGGGACUUGGGUUUAUUUUCAAGCUGGUAAGCGAAUCCGACGAAAGCAAAUCUUUGGUGUGAAGACAAAAAAGUGAGGAGGGAGAGGAAAAAAAUGACAUUUAAAGGAGAGCUGGUGAAGAGGAUGAUUAUUCACGCCUCCUUUUCAUGGUCUGACGACUUUGCCGAUGAUUGAGGAUUUGAGCCGAUAAGAUCUAAGGGCCAGGAAGAGGUCAUUCAGCCCACGCCAGACACAAGCCUGUACCACCGCGUUGAAAGGACAUUCCGCAGCAACUCUGUGCCACUGGGAUGAACCAACGGUCUUGUGUGGCGUGUUUAAGGUACCCAUGCACACCAUCCUUUCAAGAACAAAUGAGAUAGGUUGCUGUUAGGAAAUAAUAUAUGGGGACACAGUAUAUAGUUCGGGACACGACAUGUGCAAACGACUGCUCGGAUGGUGGAAGGCGAACUGGAUGGACCUUGGUCUUCGUUUCUCCAGCAAAUUCUUAUGUUCUUAUCCUCGUCUCCUCCUGCCCACAUUCACUCCCUUCAUCGCUCCCUCCCUCCCUCCUCUCGAGGGUGAAUCCUGUGACACGUGUCCAGCUCUGCUCCCGUCGAAACGAUUGACAGCCUCAAGGCAGUAAUUUAGACGGAUGUCCGUCGGAAUGCUGAAAUUUUAUUGAAUUCAUAAUUAUAUUUAUUUGAGAUGAACGACACCUGCUGCCUGUGCAUUGCGUUCACUCUGUCCUCAAUGAGUAUUUCACUCGAUGCGCUAUCUAAAUGUAAUUUUGCUGUUGUUGUUGCAUCUGCUCACGGAGGUAUGUUUAAUGGAAUAAAGUUGACACCGUUCGCGGA